GAAAAAUAUCACGCAAGAAAUUUUCGAUAAAAUUCGAUUAUCCAUCAAAUUGCAGAUCCAAUAAUCGAUUUCAACUAAUGCAAUAAAUUUGACAAUUUUGACAUAACAUAACCUGUAAAGUAAGAAAUAAUGUGUAGACUGUAAAAGAUUACGGUCCAGUAAAAACUAAACAAUGCCAAAAAAUAAGAAGAAGGAAACGAGUUCUAGCAGCGACAGCGACGAUGGACCUGUUGAUAGAAAUCCUCCACCAGAGAAAAAAGCCAAAACAAGUUCAAGAACAGAUGACAAAGAGCCAACUUGGGUUUUACAAGGGAAGAAGUUGGUGAAAGUCAGAGAAUUUAAAGGCAAAGUUUACAUUGAUGUACGUGAAUUCUAUGAGAAGAAUGGUGAAUUAUUACCAGGGAAGAAGGGCAUUAGUUUAACUCCGGAACAGUGGAGAAAGCUAUUGUCUCUAAGUGAUGAAAUAAAUGACACAGUCAGUACUAUGUGUUAAGUCAAAAUGUAUGUUAUUCUGAAAGAAAUAUACAACUCUAUCUACUAA